AUGGUUUAUAAUGAGCUACACAUAUUUGCAAUGAGCAAUACCUUGUCGGUCUUUUUUUUCCCAACAGCAUCUCAAAACUUUCAUAUCCCCAAAAAUCAAUCUGACAACAUCCUCCUCUAUCAGCUCAAACAUUAUAUCAUACUUAGAAUUUUGAUACGCGGCCAUGCUGGUCCUGGCGCCGCAGACUCCUCUCCUCUCUCACCUCCCUCAGAGCCAGUCUCACCACCGCCUCCGUCCUCCGAUUCGCCCUCCUCCUCUUCCUCCUCUCCCUCCUCGCCACCGCCUUCGUCUCCCUCCCAAUCGAAAAGAUGGAUUAAGCAGGAUCUUGGACCUCGGGGUCCACUUGUUCUGGCGGCUGCGUACAUUCCUCUUACGGUCCUGGCAGUUGCGGCUUCUGUACUCACUCUUGGUGGUGGUUAUCUUUUCGGUUUGCCCAUGGGGUUCAUUGCGGAUUCUAUCGGUGCAACGGAAGCAUUCUUGCUUGGGAGAACAAUUGGAAGAUCUUAUGUCAUUUCCAAACUUAAGCUUUAUCCUAAGUUUCAAGCUGUUGCUGUUGCAAUUCAGAGAUCUGGUUUCAAGAUAGUUCUGCUGCUGCGGCUUGCUCCUUUGCUUCCAUUUAACAUGCUGAACUACCUAGUCUCUGUGACUCAUGUUCAGAUAGGGGACUUUAUGUUGGCAACUUGGUUGGGAAUGAUGCCCAUCACAUUUGCAUUGGUAUACGUCGGUACAACUCUUAAGGAUCUAUCAGAUGUUACACAUGGAUGGAAUGAAGUUUCAACAACUCGUUGGGUGUUUAUAGUACUUGGUUUUGGAAUUUCGGUGAUUCUCCUGAUUUGCAUUAGCAAAGUUGCAAAGGCUGCGUUGGAGAAAGCACUGGCUGACAAUGCUGAAGUAGAAGGAAUAUUCUCGUCUUCAACGCUGCCCAUUGUAGCAGGUCCAUCCCCAGAUCUUCCAAAAACUCUCAUCAUACAGAUAGACUCGUAGGCUCACUGAAAGGUCCCAAGAAAUUUCAGAUUCAGUGUAUAUUUUUUUGGUCUAGAUUUUAGUUUUUUUUUUUAAUCAUAGGAGACAACUAUAUAAAGGAGUAAAGGAGAUAAAGAUUUCGUAUCAAAAAAAAAGAGAUAAAGAUUUAUCACAGGAUUUAUGUACAGUAGCCACACCCACUUUGUUUGCCAUCCCAAUUGUACCAAUUAGUUCUUGGCAUUUUAUUG